ACAUCCUGCAGUUUGUGUUUGUACCACCAGAGACAGCACAUCCUCUCUCUCUCUCUCUCUCUCUCUGGUUAUUUCCUGUUGAAGUUUACUUCCUCAUUCCGUUCUCGUCGUGUUGCAGCUUCUUUUCUCCGUCUAAAGAUGAAGGUAGAAAGUCUCUGUGAGCUGAUGUGGAUGUGAAUUCAGCAGCAUCUGUCCAGGUGUUUCUCUGCUAUGGAUCAGUGUGAGGACAGAGAGGAGGGAGUCCCUCCCUCUAAAAGCUCUCUGUGUGGGGAACAUGACAGCCAGACCAAAGCUCAGAGAAAAAAGAAGAAGCACAGACCAGACUCUGCUGGACCUGGACCUGAACAUGAACCUGAACCCAGCUGUUUGUCCAUGAGGCUCAUAGAUGAACAUGGAUAUCUUAAAAGACAAUCUUCUUCAAAGAAAGAGAUCCAGCAGCAGAGACCAGACUCUGCUGGACCUGAACCCAGCUGUCUGUCCUUUAAGAGCGACCAGUCGAAGGAGGACUUCCUUGAUUUUAAAGAGGGACGUCCAUCUGCUGAUCAGAUGUGUUUCUCUGCUAUGGAUCAGUGUGAGUACAGAGAGGAGGGAGUAGCUCCCUCUGAAAGCUCUCUGUUUGGGGAACAUGACAGCCAGACCAAAGCUCAGAAAACAAAGAAGAAGCACAGACCAGACUCUGCUGGACCUGGACCUGAACAUGAACCUGAACCCAACUGUUUGUCCAUGAGGCUCAUAGAUGAACAUGGAUAUCUUAUAAGACCAUCUUCUUCAAAGAAAGAGAUCCAGCAGCAGAGACCAGAAACUUCUGGACCUGAACCCAGCUGUCUGUCCUUUAAGAGCAAUCAGUCGAAGGAGGAUUUCCUUGAUUUUAAAGGAGGACGUCCAUAUGCUGAUCAGAUAGUGGACCAGGAGAGCUCAGAGGUUCCCAGUGGUCAGUCUGCCCAGCAGCAUCAAACACACCUGGACUCCGUAUUUAUGCGGCUGGAGGAGAACAUCGUCACUUUUGUGAAGAAUGAGCUGAAAAAGAUGCGGAGGGUUCUGAGUUCAGAUUACCCAGAAUGCCUAGAGAGUCAGAGGGAGGAUGAGGAGGUGUUGGACGGUGAGGAGAAAGAGAAGAGGAGGAGCAGCAGAGAGGCAUUUCUGAAGAUCACACUGCACUUCCUGAGGAGAAUGAAGAAGAAGGAGCUGGCUGACCGUCUGCAGAGCAGAACUCAUGCUCCAUUGUGCCAACAUACACUCAAGUCGAACCUGAAGAAGAAGUUCCAGUGUGUGUUUGAGGGGAUUGCUAAAGCAGGAAACCCAACCCUUCUGAAUCAGAUCUACACAGAGCUCUACAUCACAGAGGGAGGCACUGCAGAGGUCAAUGAUGAACAUGAGGUCAGACAGAUUGAAACAGCAUCCUGGAAACCAGACAGACCAGAAACAACAAUCAGACAAGAAGUCAUCUUUAAAGCCUCAACUGGAAGAGAUGAACCAAUCAGAACAGUGAUUACAAAGGGAGUGGCUGGCAUUGGGAAAACAGUCUUAACACAGAAGUUCACUCUGGACUGGGCUGAAGACAAAGCCAACCAGGACAUACACUUCACAUUUCCAUUCACUUUCAGAGAGCUGAAUGUGCUGAAAGAGAAAAAGUACAGCUUGGUGGAACUUGUUCAUCACUUCUUUACUGAAACCAAAGAAGCAGGAAUCUGCAUGUUUGAAGAGUUCCAGGUUGUGUUCAUCUUUGACGGUCUGGACGAAUGUCGACUUCCUCUGGACUUCCACAACAAUGAGAUCCUGACUGAUGUUACAGAGUCCACCUCAGUAGAUGUGCUGCUGACAAACCUCAUCAGGGGGAAACUGCUCCCCUCUGCACACCUUUGGAUAACCACACGACCUGCAGCAGCCAAUCAGAUCCCUCCUUGGUGUGUUGACAUGGUGACAGAGGUCAGAGGGUUCACUGACCCACAGAAGGAGGAGUACUUCAGGAAGAGAUUCAAAGAUGAGGAGCAGGCCAGCACUAUCAUCUCCCACAUCAAGAGAUCUCGAAGCCUCCACAUCAUGUGCCACAUGCCAGUCUUCUGCUGGAUCACUGCUACAGUUCUGGAGGAUGUGUUGAAAAGCAGAGAGGGAGGAGAGCUGCCCAAAACCCUGACUGAUAUGUACAUCCAUUUCCUCGUGGUUCAGUCCAAACUGAAAAAUGUCAAAUAUGAUGGAGGAGCUGAGACAGAUCCACACUGGAGUCCAGAGAGCAGGAAGAUGAUUGAGUCUCUGGGAAAACUGGCUUUUGAGCAGCUGCAGAAAGGCAACCUGAUCUUCUAUGAAUCAGACCUGACAGAGUGUGGCAUCGAUAUCAGAGCAGCCUCAGUGUGCUCAGGAGUGUUCACACAGGUCUUUAAAGAGGAGAGGGGGCUGUACCAAGACAAGGUGUUCUGCUUCGUCCAUCUGAGUGUCCAGGAGUUUCUGGCUGCUCUUCAUGUCCAUCUGACAUUCAUCAAGUCUGGAGUCAAUUUGCUGGCAGAAGAACAAAAAACAUCUCAGAACUCUGAAUCAAGAAAAGACAAAUCUGCAGAGACAAGUUUCUACAAGAGUGCUGUGGACGAGGCCUUGCAGAGUCCAAAUGGACACCUUGACUUGUUCCUUCGCUUCCUCCUGGGUCUUUCACUGCAGACCAAUCAGACUCUCCUACGAGGUCUGCUUAGACAGAGAGGACAUAUUUCACAGACCAAUCAGGAAACAGUCCAGUACAUCAAGGAGAAGAUCAAUGAGAAUCUGUCUGCAGAGAGCAGCAUCAAUCUGUUCCACUGUCUGAGUGAACUGAAUGAUCGUUCUCUAGUGGAGCAGAUCCAACAGUACCUGAGAUCAGGAUGUCUCUCCACAGAUAAACUGUCUCCUGCUCAGUGGUCAGCUCUGGUCUUCAUCCUACUGUCAUCAGAAAAAGAUCUGGACGUGUUUGACCUGAAGAAAUACUCUGCUUCAGAGGAGGCUCUUCUAAGGCUGCUGCCAGUAGUCAAAGCUUCCAACAAAGCUUUGCUGAGUUUGUGUAACCUCUCAGAGAGAAGCUGUGAAGCUCUGUCCUCGGUUCUCAGUUCCCAGUCCUCUAGUCUGAGAGAGCUUGACCUGAGUAACAAUAACCUGCAGGAUUCAGGAGUGAAGCUGCUGUCUGCUGGACUGGAGAGUCCACACUGUCCUCUGGAAACUGUCAGACUGAGUUACUGUGACCUCUCAGAGAAAAGCUGUGAAGCUCUCUCCUCUGUUCUCAGCUCCCAGUCCUCUAGUCUGAGAGAGCUGGAUCUGAGUAACAACAACCUUCAGGAUUCAGGAGUGAAGCUACUGUCUGCUGGGCUGGAGAGUCCACAUUGUUCAUUGAAAACUCUAAGGCUGUCAGGAUGUCUGAUCACAGAGGAAGGCUGUGCUUCUCUGGCCUCAGCUCUGAGCUCCAAUCCCUCCCAUCUGAGAGAGCUGGAUCUGAGCUACAAUCAUCCAGGAGUCUCAGGAGAGAAGCUGCUGUCUGCUGGACUGAAGGAUCCACACUGGGUACUGGACAAUCUGAGGCUGCAGCCUUCUGGAGUCCAAUGGUUGACACCAGGUCUGAGGAAGUAUUUCUGUCAACUCACACUGGAUCCAAACACAGUAUACACACAACUCAAGCUGUCUGACAAGAACAGGAAGGUGACACGUGUGGAGGAGGAUCAGUCAUAUCCUGAUCAUCCAGACAGAUUUGACUGGUGUCCUCAGCUGCUUUGUAGAAAUGAUCUGACUGGUCGCUGUUACUGGGAGGUCGAGUUGAGAGGAGGAGUUGAUAUAUCAGUGACUUACAGAGGAAUCAGAAGGAAAGGACUCGGUGAAGAUUGUGAGUUUGGAAAGAAUGAUCAGUCCUGGAGUCUGUUCUGCUGUGAUGGUAGUUACUCUGUCUGGUACAAUAACAGAGAAACAUCCAUUCCCUCCUCCUCCUCCUCCACCUCUUCCUCUGUCUCUAACAGAGUGGCAGUAUAUGUGGACUAUCCUGCUGGCACUCUGUCCUUCUACAGAGUCUCCUCUGACACACUGAUCCACCUUCACACCUUUAACACCCCAUUCACUCAGCCUUUGUGUCCUGGGUUUGGGUUCUGGUAUGACUGGUCUGUUUCAUCCAUGUCUGUGUGUCGUCUAUAGGAGGAAGAGUCUCCUCCUGUUAGAGAAACUUUCUUACUGCUGACCAGAUAGUUCAGUCUGUACAGGAUCACACAGCUGAUGGUAUUUAGUACCAACAUGAUCUCUCACUGCUUGUAAAUGUAAGCAACACCAAGUGUCAGUUUAAUGUGUUGAGCUCACAAACAGUCUGACAGCUGUUGGUCAUUGACAGUUUUAUUAAGUUCUGCACCAUUAGCACUCAGGUGUCUGAUUAAAGCUACCAGGUGUCACUGUUUAUUCCUUUGGUUAAUUCAUCCUGAUAUGUGGAUAUUUGUUUGUAUUAAAAAGAAGUUUUAUGUUGGAAAUUUUAUUAUAUAUCUAAUAUGUAUUAUAUAUAUAAACCCCUUGAGAUGUAUUAUCUCAUUUUCAAGGGGGUCCCAAACAACACUCACAAAACAAAUGGAAAAGGUACAAGACACAAUGAUAUAUAAUACAACAAUGACACAACAAACAACAAACAAAGAAAUUGUAUAACAGGUAGAAAAAUAAAUAAAUGAAUGAAAUAAAAUAAACACAAAAAACAACAAAAACAAAAAAUGUUACAACCUUAUAGAAGCGGAAAAAUUGAUCAGUCCAAAAUUACAGGAAAUAAUGGAAAUAAAGGGACAGUGAUGGCAUUACUGAAAACAUAGGCAAUCUGUUUUAAGAUGAGAAAACAAAAUAUUAUUAAACAAACAAAAUGAUGACAGAGAGCAGAUAUUUGUAGGUAACUUA